AUGCCCUACCCGCGGCCAGUCUCCCCGGUUUCCCUCGAAGAAUGUCCGCUGCCAUACGAGAUAGAUCCAGAUGAUCUGCUUGGCUCGGAUGAUGAUUUGGACGAUGCUGGUCGAGAUGCGAGGCGCCGGAGAGUUGAAAACCUGGCCAAGUCUUAUCUUCAGGGGAAGCCACCGUUCAUUCUCUCCGCGUCGCUGAGAGGCCCAUUGGAGACUGGAUGGGUUAAUCCGUGGCGAAAGACUAGAGCUCAUGCCUGUGGUGCGUCUGCUCCGAGGCCUUCGUCUAGCCGACAGACUAGCGCCCCGGAGAAGGUGGUGCUGGAGACGGACUUGCGCAGGCGAAAGCAUUUCGAAAGACUGCCUAGUGAAACUAGUCGCUCGGAAAUUCCUGUUACAUCGCGCAACUCACCUGCUGUAAGUUCCGCACGAGGGAGUAAGCGCUCUUUGACUCCAAGAUCGGCACGAGAACGCCCUACAACUGUGCAGCGGCUACGGCAUAGUGAACGAGGAGAGAGGAUAUCACAUUCCCCCUUCAAAUCCAAUGAAGCAGCUUCUUCGGCGGAGAACGAAGAAUUGUUUGCUCCGCCGAAAAAUGCAGAUUGGUUGAAGAAGGAUAGAAAGCGUAUGAACUUUACCAAGUUUGACCCGCCGAGCUCUCCGACAAUACCGGCUGCUUCUCGUCAAAUGGAAAACAGAGCUCGUCGACCCGCGUCUCGCUCUGUUCAAGUGCAGGUGCCACAGACUCCGGCUUCGUCAACGAAAUUCCGCGCAGCUGAAACAAUCUCGGCGAAGCCAGCACUCGUGAACUCUACCUCUCUUCGACAUCCGUCUCCAUAUUCGGCUCGCCCCCUCAACUCGAACGUGCGGGAUAUGCCAGUUGUAUCGAGGUCAUCGCCUUUCAAUCGAAGAACCUCCACAAGCAAGACCACUUCACUAGACACGUCUCUUCGUGUUGUUUCUUCCUCGUCUCAGCUGCCACGGUUUGAAUAUCGCCCGUGGCUUCAUGAUGAAUCUCAACAGGGUGAUCAGCCGAAUUUGCCUUCGGAAGAAAGUAUUCUACAGGAAGAGACUAUUUUGUAUGACGACAUACCUGAUGAAAUUCCCAAUGAGAUGCCUCGCGAGUAUUUAUCUGUCAGUCCUAUCAAAAAGCAGACAAGAGCGAUUCUCCCCGGAGUACCGCAAAAUGAAGAGACAGAAACCUUGAAUGAGGCUCCUGUAGUUGACAUGGAAUCCCUGGAGAAAGACAAGACCCAAAAGGCUUCGUCGAAAGACCUUCGAUUUGCAGAUGAAGACGACGCUGGUACUUCAACGUAUGAAGUCAUCGAUGAUCCUGUCCUCACCGAGGAUAAUACCCAUGACGAUUUGCCUUCUGCACAGGCGGUACCGGUACCAUUGGGGAUCUCUGAUCGUGUCACAUCCUUACACUCGACGCUCAUGCCAAAGGAAAACAGCCAACCGGAAAUGAACACCAAUAUCGAUACGCAGCUGUCAACCCAGGCUGCGCUUCUGCAUGCGCAGAAAUCUUUCCAGGACGACUUGCAAAGCCCCAUCUCCUACAAAGCUACACCAGGUCGAAAGCGCAAUUCUCCAGAUGGCGCUACCUAUUCGGCUAAUAUCACCCCGUUCUACCGAACCACCAGCCAGCUCAUCUCCGAAAAGGGCCGGAUGCAGGCAAUGAGUACUCAAUUCAUGCUCGAUGCUGCCACGCCAUAUACCUUCAGCACGGAGAAGAAACCCCGUUCAUCUCGGCCGGAUUCCGGGGGAACUCCAAGCACCAAGAAAACGAAGAUCGCCCAUAUUGCGGACACCUCUUCCUCCCCCAUUAACGGUUCCCUCGCGAUCGACAAUGACUUCCAUACUGCCCAAUCAAGUCCGGCAGAAGGAGGUCAACGGCCAGCAAGCCAAGAAUCAGAUCGCCCUCCUACUUUCCAAUCUAACGCCUCACACGAGUCAUUCCCAAUGACUCUAAGCAGGUCAACGCCCCCAACAAUACAAGAUGGCCAAGGUGCCCAGGACGCAGCAGACGCUUUCAAUCUGAGCCAGGCCAUUGCAGAUGCUGGGAGCUGGCUUCAGCAUAGCUUUGAUUUUAUGAAAGACACUGGAAGACCCAGUCAAAGUCUGACAUCUGGUGGUCUUCAGUCUACUUUCAAUAUGGAUCUCUCUUGA